CUUGGAUAUAUUCCAAGUUGAGCUCACACAAUGAACACAUAACGAAUUCACUGAUUUACCGAAUAUUUUUAUCCUCAGUAAUCUUCAAUUGACUAUUUCUUACAUAGAUUAUCUUUUACAGGUUUCAGGUCGCAGCUUCAAGGGCAAAAUGGAAAAAAAAUUAAAAUUAGAUAGGUUCCACAAGGAAGACUUAGAUAUGGAUGAUAUCACUUAGGGUAGGAUGUUUUAAUGUUAUUUUUCAUCAAUACAGCUCAUCUAUAGAGUAAUGUAUAUACACUAGCUUUCAAUUUGAAUUAAGUUCAUGACAUUGAUUGAUAUAAAGUUUGUCAAUUAGUUGAACUUUCUAUCCAUCAAUGUCCAUUCUAAGAUUGUUACAGUUCAGAACCAACCUUCCACUCGUUCAGACUUCCACGGUGCUCAAAAUAUUGCAACAUAGAGUUGGUAUAAAACCAAGGAUAAAAUCAGACGAGCCUUUGCCUCAAACAGAUAAUUAUUACGAUGAGAAAAAUAUGGGGAUUGGCAGGCCUAUGUCGCCUUAUAUAUCCAUUUACGAGACCCAACUGCAAGGUGUGAUGUCCAUACAUAACAGAAUUUCAGGGGCUAUAUGGACUUUCCAGAUCUUCACAUUCGCAGUAGCCACGUUGGUGUUACCAGAAUCGGUAGAUUAUUACGUCGAUAAGAUCAAUUCUUGGAAUAUAGAUCCUGUCGUCAUAAUUCUCGCCAAGUGUCUGAUCGCUUGGCCCAUGGUUUACCAUACUGUGGAUGGCACCCGUCAUUUAUUGUGGGAUUUCGGUAUGCGACUGACCAACAGGUCUGUUGCGGUUACUGGUUGGAUAGUUUGUAUUUUGUCCAUUGCUGGCACUUUAUAUCUCAGCACGAUGGUUUGAUUGCAGUUUGGAGAAUGUUUGGGGGCUAACAGAGUUCUCAGUCCGUUAGUGGACUCUUUGCGUUAAACACCCGGUAUAAUGUGAAAAAUUCAUGUUCCUCUGUAUUUACCACAGUUUUCACCAUAAAAAACGGUAAAAUACAGCUAGGUGAUUAAAAAGAAAAAUAAUAAUACUAUAGUUUAUUCAAUACAAAAGUUCAGAAUACAUUUCGAACAACAUAAUAAAACUAUGUUUGAAAUUGA